ACAUCCUGACUGUAGUUAACCAUUAGGCAGUAUGGUGUACAUAUGCAGAUGCAUCUGUUUUGACAGUUGCGGUGCAGCAACUGGAUUUUGAGGACAGUUUCUACUAAUUAGGUCUUUGAAAUAAAUCUGUGCUGCGUAUUAAAAGAGUAAAAAACACUUUAACUUGACAGAUUCAUCCCAAUGGAUUCUACACGCAGAUUCGGGAAAUACAGAGUAGAGAGAGAAGUGUUGGAUGAGCAGAGACUGGAAGAGAUAACACAGAGAAAAGCAUACUCUGACAUCCAUCGCUCUCUAACUGAGCAGCUUAGAGAUUCCUUAAGAUGUACAUUACCUAAACUGAAGCGAGGCGUGAUGAGCAGCUUGCCUGUGUUAUACUGGCUGCCCAAGUACUCAGUCUGGGACUAUGGCAUGCCAGACCUCGUCUCUGGGAUUAGUGUGGGCAUAAUGCACCUGCCACAAGGUAUGGCGUAUGCAUUGCUGGCUUCUCUACCUCCUGUAUUUGGGCUCUACACAUCCCUCUAUCCAGCAUUAAUCUACUUCUUUUUUGGAACUUCACGCCAUAUUUCCAUUGGUACAUUUACUGUGCUCAGCAUUAUGGUAGGCAGUGUGACAGAGAGACUUGCUCCAGAUGUGGAUUUCCUUAUAAUGAAUGGGACCAACAUUACUUCAGAGGUGGACAUCGCUGCCCGGGACUCAUUCAGGGUGCAGGUGGCCGCUGCUACUACUGUCCUCGGAGGACUUAUUCAGGUGCUAUUGGGGGUUGUAAAGUUUGGAUUUGUGGGAACAUACUUGUCUGAACCGCUGGUACGAGCUUACACAACAGCUGCUGCAGCUCAUGCUGUGGUGGCACAGCUGAAGUACAUCUUUGGAGUUUCCCCCACACGGUUUAGUGGUCCGCUGUCACUGGUUUAUACCCUGAAGGAUGUUUGCUCUUUGCUGCCACACACUCAUCUUCCCACGCUGGUGGUCAGUGCUGUGACGAUGGCGCUUCUAAUUGCAGCCAAAGAGCUCAACUCGUUCCUCAGCCCGAAGCUGCCGGUGCCCAUCCCAGUGGAGCUCAUCACAAUUGUGGCGGGGACAUUAGUAUCAUCAUAUGCCCACUUGAACAGCAACUACACUGUUUCAGUUGUUGGAGAAAUUCCAAGUGGGUUAAGUUCACCCUGUGUACCAGAUGUGAGACUUUUUGGAGAGGUUAUAGGAGACGCUUUUGCUUUAGCCAUUGUUGGAUAUGCCAUAUCUAUUUCACUUGGGAAAACAUUCGCAAUAAAACAUGGAUACAAGGUGGACAGCAACCAGGAGCUUGUGGCGCUGGGCCUCAGUAAUGCAGUGGGAGGGUUCUUUCAGUGCUUCUCUGUCUGCCCUUCCAUGUCUAGAAGUCUCAUCCAAGAGAGCACCGGAGGUAAAACACAAAUGGCUGGAGUGGCCUCAGCUCUAAUUGUGCUGGUGACUAUACUCAAACUUGGAACUCUUUUCCAGGAGCUGCCAAAGGCCAUCCUUGCAUCGAUCGUCUUUGUAAAUUUGAAGGGCAUGUUUAAGCAGUACGCUGACAUUGUUACACUGUGGAGGAGCAGCAAGAUUGAUCUGGUGGUGUGGCUGGUCACCUGGGUGUCAACAAUGCUGCUCAAUCUGGAUCUGGGUCUGGCAGCAUCCAUCACCUUUGCUCUCUUUACUGUUAUCUUCAGGACUCAGAUGCCAACAUACUCUGUUUUGGGAAAUGUUCCAGGCACGGAGCUAUAUGUCGACUUAGAGACACACAGACAGGCCAGAGAGAUUCCAGGUGUUACUAUAUUUCGCUCAUCUGCUACAGUAUAUUUCGCCAAUGCUGAUCUCUACCUCGAAGCCCUGAAAAAGAAGAGUGGACUGGACAUCAGUAAAAUGAUUAUCUAUAAGAGGAGGCAGGAGGCCAAACAGAGGCGAAGAGAAAGGAGAGCUGAGAGACGGGCAAAGAGGCAGGCAAAGAAAGAGAGACGGGCACAGAGGACGGCUGAAGGGCUGUCUGGAUCUCCUGCGGUCUCUGUGGAGGAAGAUGUCGGCUUCUGGGGGGACACUUGUAUAGAAGGGACAGGUUCAGAGAGGGAGGACCAGGCCUGGACUGAGAGGGAGAACGGGACAGUGUUCGUCAUCCCUACCACUCCCCGAACACCAGACGGCCCCUCUAGAUGGGAGUACCUGAAAGGAGGAGCUCCAGACUCCACCAGCUUAGGGUGGAUGUCUGAGCUGCAGGACGGGGACACCACCACUCUGGGCUCCAGCAGUGAGGACACACUGAGCAGAGACCUGGAGAGAGUCUCUCUGGGGUCUCUGGGCAAGUGGACCUGGGACAUUCACUCCAUCAUUCUUGACCUCUCCACGGCUAACUUCAUUGAUAUAGUGGCUAUCAAGAUGAUGAAAAAUGUUUUCCAGGACUUCAGUGAGAUUGAUGUGGACAUCUACAUGGCUGGUUGUCAGGCCUCUGUGGUGGAACAGUUAGAGCGCAGUGAAUUCUUCUCUGACUCAAUAACAAAGAGACAUCUUUUUGCCUCUGUUCACGAUGCUGUGCUUUACUGUCUGAACCAUCGUGGAGCGUCAUCGUUCCCCAGAUACGAUCCGUCACUGGACACGCACAGCAGCACAAAAUUUUAAAGUCUUCAACCGAGCAGAAAAUCCAGCUCACGGGAUGGAAGAACAUUGACUGGAGAGAAUAUCAGAAGCUGGAAUAUCAGAAGCUGAGAAAUGUUUUUUGCAAAUGAAUAGAUGAAAGCACUGAGUGAAGCUAAAAACUAAUCACUGCAUAUAAAUUAGUGAUCUUAUGACUAAAUGCUUCAUUGUCUGUUUCAUCUCAUCGUUGACUUGAACUGGUAUUUAUGCAUUUUAUGUUUAAGUUAUGUAAAGGAAGAGUGACACCGGAGAGCUUCAUUUAACUUUAUUCAGUGUAGGAGAGUGAGAGAGAACAUUCUGACAUAGUAAAAAAAAUGGAAUCUGAACAUCUGAGCAAUACUUUGUGCAUUUUCAUGUGUUUGUGCAUUCUACAAGAAGAAAAUAAUGAGGAAUCCGAGGAACAAAGACAAGGCAACAUGCAUCACACUGAGAGUGUGUGAGCCUAUUUUUGGUAAUGGCAGCAAUAACAAGGUAGGACAUUGAAAUGUUUUACGACUGUCAUUUCAGUUUUCAAGUGCAAUUUUUGCUCAUGGCAACAGCAAAACAUUUUGAAGGUAAUGCAUGCAAAAGAAAGUUUUUAAAAAAAAAAAAUCACAACUCCUUGAUUGAGUCUCUAGUGCAACACUCCUAAAACGGAAAAUUAUAGUAGAUAAAAAAAUAACAGGACAGCAAUAUCCAAGCAAUAUUCAACAAAAGCAUCUCUUUACUGUUGCAUAAACCCACUGUGACCUCGUUCCCUGAAUAAGUCUUGUCUCUACAAACUGGCCACAAAGGAUGUGACCAGAAACAUUGUGCACAGGACUGAGGAAGGCUAGGAAGAUUUUUUUUAAAUGUAUAAAUUUGGUGUAUACGCUACAAAUCUUGAUGGAUGCUGGGACUCUGUACGUCUGUGUUCAGAGUCAGACCUUCAUCAUCCUCAUCCUCUUGCUGCUGUGACACUAACUGCUGGUAGCGAGCUUGCCGCUGGUAGUCCGGAUCAAUAUUGAUCCAUUUAUUGGCGACCCACUUAGUGCCGUGUGUGACCAUACAGCCUCCAUGCAGAGCGUAUUCAUCCUGCUCCCCCACCCAACCUAAUGAGGAAAACAAAAUCACGUGUAGUCGGCAACAGUUUUGUUUUUUAAACAGUGAUGUUCUGGGUAUUAAACAUACAGCUUCAACUGAUGAAUGAAUGAUUAAUGGAACUAUAAUGAUUUGUAGUUCCAGUAAAUCUAUUAAAGCUACUGCAAUACUUUUCUAUAAAUAAAAGUGCUAUAAUUUAGAUUAUAUAUUCUUAACACCAAUAUGAGUUUGAAUCUUAAUUUUCAUCUGCAUAAAUGGUGCCAUCACAUGUUAAAUGGUAAGAUUUGUAAGAUACUUAGGAUGUAUCUUUAUGACUUAUUUUAUCACAUGCCAGAUUUUUACUCCUGCCCCUCCACAAGGUUAACAUUUUUUGUUUUGGAGUAAAAUGUCUCAAGAACGAUUGGGUCAGCUGUCAUUAAGUUACAUCAACGUGCUUGUCUUGAUGAACUGUAAUAACUGUGCUGCUUCUCUGAUCAUUUAUAUUAAUGGCCAACAGGGGGCCUCCUUGCAAGAAGAAGUCAGACUUUAUAGAAAUGUAUAAAAUGACCCUUCUUCUCAUUUGAUUUGCUAUAUUUGUGAACAUUUGCCAAACUCUUCAAAAUGGAAGUUAAUAAAACAAUGAGUAUCCUCACAGUG